AUGGAUAUUACGAGCCUCGCAUUCAAUAUCGCAGCCCUCUACACGGCGUGUCGUGACGGCUACAAUUUCUUCACCACUUCAAUCCUCAAAGCCUGGGGCUUCCAUUGGCAGAUCCAAAGUGAAAGCGGCAGUGAGCCAGAACACUCCGAUCACGCCAGGCGAAAACAGACCAAACUUCACAAAUACUUUUUGAGCAACGGAUAUAAAGCCGAAGGCGUCUUUAGAACUCUUUCUGCUCUUGCCGAUACACUAUCCGAUCAGAAAAAACUCACCACGCGCUACGGUAUCCAGCUUCGCCCCGACCAGGCCGUCCAAGAUGGACCGGGGUGCACCAAUUACGUUCAGGAGGCCAUUCAUGACACCAAUAUUGAGGAUGUCAAAUCGGUAAUCAAGGAAGUCAAGAAUCGCCUCUCUGUGCUUAAUAAAUUCAAAUGGGCCUUGAAAGACAAGAACAACUUCAAGAAACUUAUCGCCGAACUGAAAUCCCACAGCGAUUCGCUCUAUCGUCUUUGCCCCGAAAAUGCAUUCGAGUCAAUGAACAUAUAUUUCAUCAUGGAGUGUUUGUCUAAGCAAGAGUCGCCAACAGAUCUAGAAUGGAUUUCAACAUUCGCAACGGAGCAAGCUGAAGUUGAUAAAAAGUCCUCAGUACAGCAAGGUUACAAACUGCUAGCUUCGGCAGCCACUUUGAAAGCAUCGGUGAAUGAAAACAGAAGUAGGAGAGAAGCGAACGACAUAGCUCUUAUCAACGUUGACGAAGAGCAACGCCAAAUGCGGUAUUUAGGAAAGGGCCUAGCUCUAUUUGAAGAGCAAGUUGUUUACGUGGAAAUGCGGGACUAUCGCGGACCUCCAUUAGAAGUCACUCCAAAGCAAGAAAAGAAAAAGAAGCGUCGGAAUCGGGGGCCCUUCUUUUUAAUGGACCACACCAGCUUCGACGAGUCCGAAGAAGAUAUCGAACUAAACAAGAUAGCCAGACCAAUCAAGACAGUCAGACCAGCCGACCCCGAGCUUCGUGAUCUCAUCAGGAACUUCUUUAACACAUUUCAUGGUGCGAAUAUGAUGGGAAGCGUCUAUGGCUUGGAUGUUGCCAGUAUUAUCGACCAUACAGAAGGCGAGCACCAAGGUUACUGCAGCAUUCUCUAUAAGCUACCCGGCAUGAUUGGUGUUCAGAGUCGUGAGCGGCCUGCGGAAAACCUAAGGCUUCGCGCACCUGUGACGCUGCAGUCGCUCCUUGGAAACAAGCAAAAACAGGGCAUCCGAUCUGCGCUUGGUGCGCGUUUCGAGCUUGCUAGAAAGCUUGUGCGUGCCGUGUGUCUUCUUCACUCCAGUGGCUGGCUACACAAGAACAUACGCGCAGAGUCAGUGAUAUUCUUUCCCGAACAUGUUAGUGCACUCCAAGAGGAUCAAUAUGAGGUCAAAAUCGAGAUUGAUGUCUCAAAUCCUGUUUUGAUGGGCUACAUCUUCUCACGGCCAGACGACAUCAUCAUCCAAAGUAAUCCACCAUCUAUCCAAAGGGAACCACCAUCCGUCCAAAGGGAACCACCAUCCUUCCAAGAGGGACCACUACCUGCCCCUAGAAAGCGAAUAUAUAGCACUUCAAAUAGAAAUACCAACAGCAGGACGUGGGAUGGCCCAAUGGACGAGGAAGCUAAGUUUAGACACAGAAUGGUAACUCCUUCCUCUGGUAGCAUAUACGGUCGCAACAUGCUAGGGGAGGGAGCCGUGGCCGAGCGUACGAAAGAGACAAAUAUCAGUGGUUUUACGCUUGACUACUAUCAGCAUCCUGCGAAGCACGCGGAUCCGAUGCGCCAGUAUCGUCACGCAUACGACGUAUACUCUCUCGGUGUUCUUCUACUUGAAGUCGGGCUAUGGGAGAAACUGAGGGACUACGAUAGCUCACAUUAUAAUGACGAAGAGGAUCAUUAUGAGCGAAGACGAUGGGUUUGUAGAGAGUAUCUUGAUCGCCUGAGAUGGGAAUGUGGAGAUACUUAUGCGGAUGCUGUGCUUAGCUGUCUCAUGAUUGAUAGCAUUGAUGGCGAAGUGGCGAAAGCGAGUGAGAGGGAGCUUUGUGCUAGAAUUAUAGCCGACUUGGAGGGCUGUCAGGCUUAGUAGUGUCGGCUAAACAUGUACGUCGUAGUAGGCGAACUGAAUCUACGUGUAUCUCGAGCGUUUUUUACUUGGAGCACCUUUAAUUGCCAGG